AUGCAGUCUUUCUCGAAGUCCUGCUUCAUUCUGCAUGAUCUCUGCACGAGCUCGUAUCCCCUUGAAGUCUUCUUUACCACACACUCCGCGCAUGAUAAUGCAGACAACCGGGCGAGCUCGAAGCUCUUCGAGGACGCAGCUCGCGAGGAAGCACAGGAGGCUUCAACGCCUGUGCGGCCAAGCAGGAUCUCCAUAUUAGAGGGGCAGAGCGAGAAUUGGACGGGCGAGGAGUCCACGCGCGAUGCCGUCUUGCGUAUGCUGGUCGACAAGUACAAGCCUCUGCGUAGCGGGCCAAUCAGAACUGCAGACGAGAAGCUGAAGCAGGCACCGCCCAAUGUGUCUGCACCGAAUGUUGUCGAGGCAGCGUCAGCUGUUCCGCAUCCAACUGAUAGCGUGCAGGCGAGCACUCCUCGCAAGUAUCUACCUCACGAACCCCUCUUGCCGUCUAUUGAAGGGCAUAAGCCAUGGCAUACGACUUUCAAGGUGCCGUCGCAUGCCACCUCUAGUAUCCGUUACGGCCAUAUACCCCAGCCAUCUCGGACUGCCUCUUCGUUGAAGAUAGACGAUAAAGCGAAGAGGCUAGAGAGAGACGCCAAGCGUCGCACCGCGGAGGCUGGUAGAUUGUCGCGGGCUAAGGAGUCCACGCUAGACUAUCGUCUCGGGAUCAAGAACGGCGCUGCAGCCAUGCAGGCUCGACCGGCCCCCGCUACACUGAAGGGUUGGUCCAAUCUCGUCGAGGACCGCAUAGAGCGUGCACGUCAAGCAGGUUUGUUUAACAACGUCAAGGGUCGAGGACAGCCUCUUGCAUCUCAUACGCAAGACAAGAACCCUUUUAUCGGUCGAGAAGAAUUCCUGAUGAAUCGCAUCGUCCAGCGCCAGGGCGCUGCUCCUCCAUGGGUAGAAGUUCAGGGAGAACUGGAAUCUGCCAUCAACUCGUUCAGAGAUGUCAUCAGGCAAUCAUGGACAAGACGUGCGAUACGGAUGCUCACCAUCUCUCAGCCUGCCGCAUUGCUACCUAGAUUGACGCUCAGCAGCGUAACCUCAUUGCGAGAUGCAGAAUGGGAAGCACGAGAACGCGCGUUCCAUGAGAAGGCCAUUGACGAGAUGAACGCGCUAGUCCGCAAAUACAACGGCCUGGCGCCCUACGCAGUCCGCCGGGCAUAUUACUCUCGCAGUGCGGAGGUAGACAAAUUGUAUCGUGACGCGGCACAGGACAUUCUACAUGGACUCGCUGCAAGGGUGAAUCAGCAGGGAUCAGCGCCUGCUAAUGUUCUCGCGACGUAUGGCUUCCGGGAGAUGAUUCGAGACCUAUGGGCAUCUCUCCGGGGGCGUUGA